UGCCCCAGUGUGUGGUGGUCUGUGGUGCUGCCCAGUGCCGUGAGACAGCGAUAUAACUAAUAUAUGGCAGGGGAUCCUAACCUUGUAUACUAAAGAAACAUCUUGAAAUUUGAGGAAAUGUUAUUGAGCUCCAAAGAAGCAAAGGUUCUCUGUACUAAAAUAAUAAAAAAAGCUUAGAAGUAAUAAUGAACACCAUAGGACUUUUCUGAAUAAUAAUAACGAUAACAAUAUUAUUGAUAGAGAAAAAAAGUGUGUGGAAACCAAGACUUGUAUUGAACUAAGAAAUAAUCAACCACAACAAUGAAAGAUCCACAAAAUUUACAAGCCUAACGGAAGGAGUAAAAAAAAAAGAAGUGAGAAAUUUGCAGGAAAGCCAGGCUUCUGACCUGACCCAGGUGAACCUCAGAGGUGACAAGAGAGUGGUGUGACAAGAUGGCGUUCGUGUUGCUGCCCUGUGACCUGCCCACCUGGCCUGCCGUCCAGCGUCACCUGAAUUCUCUGAAGGGCACCACCUGCCCACACCACCUCACCCAGGUGCUCUAUGCUCUACAUUCACUCUCAAA